GGGGGAGAGGGGCGGCGAGGGGCCGGAGCGGGCGCGCGGGGAGCGAGGAGGCAGGAAAGGGAGCAAGAGGGGAAAGAAAGAGCGAGCGAGCCGAGGCAGCGGCAGCGCACACGCUCCCACCCCCGCUGGAAAAGCAAACACAUCAGGGAAGGCACACGGGGAGGGCGGCGGGGCAGGCUAGCCUCGGGAUGCGCCGAGGAGGUGGGAAGGCAGGUAGGAGCGGAGACCACCCAAAAAGGAAGGGGGGGCCCAGCCGGCUCCCGGCUUCCCCGCUCGCCCCCCCCCCCACGCCCCCCCGAGCCGCCGAGUCCCCUCCUCCCGGGAGCCGGGGCCCGGCCCCGAGGGACGGCGGCGGCGGGGAGCCGGGGGGCUCCGGGGGCCGGGGCCGGCGGCAAACUUCGGCGGGGAGCGGCGGGCCGGGGAGCCGGGAGGACUUAGGGAGCGAGGAAGAGCGGGCGGAGGAGCGGCGGGAGCGGGGCAGGGGGCGGCAGGGGCCGGGACCCCCCGGAGCCCCCCGGCGGCGCCCCGCAGCCCGCCCGCCGGCAGAGCGGCGAGCGAAAGCGAAAGGCGCGGCCGGAGGCGGCGAGAAGCGGCCGGAGCCGGGAGGAUGCGGCGGCCGCAACUUCGCCCAAAGCGCGCCCGCACCGCCCGGGGCCGGGCCCGCGGCAGGAGCCGCUCCGGAGCCGGCCGUGCCCGCGCUCCAGGCCCGGGGCCGGCCGGCCGCGGCAGCGAGGUGGGCGCGGGGCGGCGAGGAGGGGCCGGGGGCCGGCGGCGGGGGCGCGCCGGGACCUGUUGGAGCCGGCCCGGGGGGGCCCCGCUCCGCGCCGGGGCCGUCCUCCCGCGGCGCCGCCGCCCCCCGGCUGCCCCGAGGCCGGAGCGGGGCCGGGGGCGGCCGGGCAGCGCCCGCCGGGCGCCGCGUUUCGGGGGGAAGCGGCUCCGGGUGGCAGCGGGCGAGCGCUCCGGGCUGCGGGGCUCCCCGCGCCGCCGCGGGGCUCGGCUGUCGGAGCUCCGCGGCCAUGUGCUGCGCGCCCGGCGCGUGUAAACAGGCGUGCGGGACCGUGCGGAGAGCCGUGCCGUUUGAUUUAUCUGUAAUAGCGCGUAUAAAGCUUUUCAAGGUGGCUGCAAUGUAAAAAGUAAUGACUUUAUUACCUCUGAAAGGUUCUGCGGUUCACGUUUAACAGUCCUCUGAAUUACAAUUCAUUACACAGUUGCGCGCUCUCUAAAGCCAACAUAGAUCAGAAUACCUAGCUGUGGUUAUUUCCAAUAAAUAACAGGCGACGUUUCAUUGAUUUUCUUUAAAAAAUCGUAGCAAAUUAAGCACUUAGUUACAACUAAAUCUGCUUUAUUAUUGUACUGCGUGCGAGAUUCCAGAGGUGACUUCCUCCGGCACGUCUUCAAACAUACAUUCAAAAGCUAAUUUUACAGAUGCUUUCAUGAAUGGCAGCGAGGAUGUUCCUACCAUUAGCGUGCCCUUAAUUCCCGCAUCGUAAAAUGCCUCGAAUUAAAUGGGAACUCGCUGCCUUAAAACAGUAUUUCAUCCGGGCUGGAUAAUUAUUAAUAUUGGCGUUUGAUCACAAUAGUGCUGCGCUCCCCCGCCGCCCCCCCGACACUUUGCAUUGUCAUGUGAUUGGAGGGCGAUAACAAACCUCAAGAAAGAAAAGGAGUCAGAAGACAUUUUUAACGUGGCAUAACCACAGAUUAAUAAUGCAGGUGGGUUUUUAUUUUAUUGUAUUUUUAGGGGAAGGGAACGAGGCUGUUUAAUGAGCAGCCGUGGACACAAAGUAACUAUAUUUACAAUCCUUGAUGUGGCUUUUGCUGGGUAAUAAAUUAUGACAAUAUUAAAAUUAUUUUCUGGCAGCCCAGUUAACUGCGCUCGGGACUGUAAAGCCCUUACUGAUUCCAUUUAUGCCUUGUAAUUACGGUCCACGGGCUCUCUCUAAACCCUUUGGUGUAUAUUGUGUGUAAACUUUUAGCUAAUAGACCUUUUUUGAAUGGAGGGACUUUUCUCAGUACUUCCUGCAGUAUAUAUUCUGUCUCUGAUCUCUGUGUUUAAUGGCCAAGUCCUGGUUUAUGCUUUAUAAUGUGUUGACAAGUUUUCUAACAGACUUUCUGAAAUAAUGCACAUAUAUUCACGUCGGUUAGAAACUCCACAGUAUUUUUAGAGUCGAGUAGAUCUAUAUCCUAAUGCACUGAGAGGGAGUGUAAAUCAUAGAGGAUUUCAUAGCCCUUUCAGUAGUUUUCUGUAUGAAGUAUGAGCAGCGUGGCCUCCAGACGUAACCUUUUAGAAAAAAAGACAGUGCUUUUAUUUUAUGGUGUAAAGUGCUUUUAGCUUCAGGGCUCUGAACGUGAAUGUGGUCAACAAACAGCUCUUGCGAGGGACUUUGCUGCAGCCUCAGCCCCAGCGCUGGGGCGCUGCCUGUCUGCCGGCCGGCUUUUGGGGCCACCUCCGGCCCCAGGACGGGGCUGUCCCCCCCCCCGUAUCCCCUUCCCAGCCCCCCCGGCAGCCCGCUCCUGCCUCCAAAGCCGGCACCGCCGCGGCUCGGACGCCCAGGGCCGCGGUGGCCCCCGGGGACCUGCCCGCUCCACAUCGGGGGGCUCCGCGCCGGGGGGCUCCGCGCCCACCCCCGGCGGGCCGGGCAGAGGAGCCCCGCUGGGCUUCCCUCGCCCCGGGGAAACGGGGAAUCGGGGCUCCCGGCGAUGCCCGAGGGGCGAGCAGCCGUGAGGCUGGGCCCCGGGGAGCAGCCCGGGGGGGCUGCGGGAGCAGGGACGAUGCCCCCGCCGCCCCCCGGCCCCUCGAGGCGGUGCUGCCCGUGCCCCGGCCCCGCUCGGACGCAGGGAGCGUUUUCGGGCUUCUCGGCGCCUGUCACGAAGCGAGGGCACUGUGCUCGGAGCUACGCUACCGACCGUGGCGGCUCAAAACAGGUACAAAAUAUUCAAAUGGUGCUAACGCCUCGAAGUGCUGGUGGGUGAGAAGGGCAAGUGAAAACAAACCCGGGCAAGCACCGAAGGCAGCCCAGCCAUGGGGCUCUGCGGACUCGCGCAGACUUGUGUGUCACCUCCUGCUUCUCACCGCGACCUUUCCCUGCCCCGGCUGCGGAGGAUGCCCCCCCUGUCCCGCUGCAGUGGCCUCAGCUGCUCUCUCCCCCAGCCGUCUUGCCCACUCCCAUGCUACACGCUCCCAGCCCCAGAGCAAAGAUGGGAAGACACGGCCGAGAUGCUCGGCCGCGCAUGGGCAGCUCAGAGGUAGGUGCUGGGCCAGGGUGGUGGUCGUGCUGCCGUGCAAGGGUCUGGCUCGCUAGCUGAGGGGCUGCCCCUGGGCUGUAGCCCCUCCAGCUGGCCCACUUCCAUCUGUCCCACGCGGAGCAGAGCCCUGAGAUAUCUGCAGAAAUUCACAUCUCCCUCUCCUGAUGCCUCAGUUCUCUCGGAGGAACAGCGUGGUCCUCCCUCCGUUCAAGCCUGUGAGAUACUUGGAGGCUGCUGCCUAAAGGGACACAAACCCACCUAAAAUUGGGAAGCGUGGCCUUCCUCCUUCUCACAGGCAGGCACACGGUCUUCCCGCACAGGACUGGGACCCGAAGGCGCAGAGGAGUGCGAUGCAGCGCGUGCUGCACGCUGCUGUCCCUGCCUCUCUGCUAAUUUAGCGACAGACUUGGCAGUGGGUGAGUUCAGCAACUUUGGUGGGCAAAUGUUCCUGCUUUUAAGCUCCAACUGUCAUUCAUUCAUGGCAGGAAUCUCACUUGCCAACUCAGUACAGAACAUUAGGACCAAAUACAAAUUCCAAAAUUAUGCCAGUUCUCCCGAGCUGUGCCGCGUUACAUAACGGCCGAUAGCACGGGGCGCUCUCCUCCGCCGCGUUGAUAGUCUCAAUCAGGCAGAGGCACUGUGGGUGGAACUCUUAUCGCACCAGGCUGACUCCCCAUGAAUGAGCAGAGGACUUGCGCGUUCUAGAAAUAGCAUGUGCAUUAGUAUUGCACGAUGAGGAACUUGGGCAUGCUGCUUUCCCUCUUCUCUUUUUUUUUUUUUCUUUUUUAAUAAAAGCUCAAAAUAAACUGCAACCCAGCAAGCGCAGCACACACAGCGGCGAGUCCAUGCAGGAUCACAAACAUAUGAGCGCCAGGUGACUGAAAGAUUUCGUUACAGGCUGCUCUAGGCAGGACCCAGAAUAAAAUGCUGAACUUGAGGAGAGUUUUUCCAGCGGUUACAGCACGGUCUGGGAUCUCAGCCUGCGCCUGCUUGCACAGCACUGAGCACGACAGAGCCCCGAACCUUGACUGGACUUCUGAGGGGUGACAAUAAAAUGACCACACGAAGCACUCAGGAGGCAGACUUUCAGAUACCAAACCCCUCCUUUGAAGUCUACAGCUCUGCUUGUGCACGCGCAGGCAGGGGAGGCACUAGCUAUGCUAUAAACAAUGCCAGUAAAAUCUCACUUUUAAUCAAAUGUUUAAUUUCAGCCAAACCCCGGUGUUAGUUUUUCCUGCUCUAGAAGUUACAGCUAGCUUUCCGUUUUGUAUCUUAUUAAUAUUUGUGUAUCUUCCUAUAAGCGUGUAACAUGCCCCUGACAGCUUGUAUCCUACAUUUUGAGCCAACAUAAUUUAAACUUUGUGCAUUUAGAACUUGACCUAUAAUGCAAAUCCAUACAGUCUUAAUUAUAGCAGCACCAGCAGCCACUGUGCGAGCGAAAUAGUCGAGCUUUCGUUACUGAAGAAGCACAGUAGUUAAGGUCUGUCAGUGUUCCCGUUACAAUCCCCAUCUUGAAGAGGUUAUAACUCGGGCUGUGUAAAUUUGAUUGAGCUGAAACUUGGGACUCAAACUGUCAGUCCAUAUAGGGAAUUAUCUUAUGAAUAAUUGGCUAACCCAUUGCUUGAUUCACAGACCUUUAUAAAAUGAUUUUUAAUGGGUUUUAAUGUUUUUUUCUUUUACUGACAUCUAGGGUAUGAAUUUGGUACUUCUAGCUUUUUUGAAGCUCCAUAUUGAGCAGCAUAUGUAUAGGUACAUACAUUAAAGCUCUGCAGCAACACACGGGGCACGCGUGCCACACUUCCACGUCUAUGUGUACACAUAUACAGAUGAAGACACCAUGUGAGAGAAGUGCCGCUUAAUCUAUCUCAGAAGAGAGUCCUAAACGUGUAAGAUAAAGAGAACAGAACUCCCUCGGACAGAAGGGCACUAAAGCUCCUUGAAGUGUUCCUCAGUCCCGUUGUGAUCCACCGCUAGUGUAGCAGCAGUCAGGCGGAUUUACACCAGCAUGGUGUCACUGAACCAGCAAUCCGAAAUGCAGUCCUGGUGCGCUCCCACACGGGGAGCGGGCUACCUCGGUUAUCUCCAGAUGCAGUGGGGAUAGCUGGGGACAGGUCACUUUGUUAUCUUUGUUAACAGUUUCUCAGAAUCUUUCAUCUCUGGGGGCUUUUUCUUCCCCCAAGGCAUGUGGAAGUGAGUCCCACAUGUGCCUUGGCAUCAGAACAGUCGUCAUGAUUGCACUUUGAAAGGGAUGAGCCAUUUCACUUUGAACACUGAGCUUAAGUAUGGCUUUGUGUUACAAAGAAUUUUACUGAGAGUUGCUCUCCGUAAUGCUUCUCACUAGUUUUAAACUUCUGUUGCUCAGAGAAGGUUAUCACUUCAAAUCACACUCAGCUCGUGAGGCUGUGGACUUGGAAUUUUUCUUAACCCUAGAAGAAAAAGAUGGCAAACCCAGAGCUAGGAAGAUGAGCCACAGUCCUUGAACAGAUUGCUCUAAUGGAGCCAGACCCCACCAAGUCCAUGCCCACCUUGCUGAAUGGUUACAGAGCAGGGACACCGCCCUUGGAGUCAUUCCUGAGAUCCCAAGUCAUCCACUUACUGAAGCAGGUUGCUGUCCUCAAGCUUAUGAGCUGUAAGGAGAACAUAGCAUUGACACAAGUGUCUUUUGGACUCGUUUUCUUUCUGACUGCAGCUGCUAGAUUUGGGGAGAUCCCUAGCUAGCCCAAGGUAAAGAAUGAUGGCCAAUUCAGGCCACUGGCGUAGAGCACAUGGCAUGGAUGGGCAAGGCUGCCAGCCAACUCCUGGUGAGGCUCUCAGCAGAAAGAAGAGGUGAGUCUGGCUGUGUGCAGCUCUGCCCUGGGUCUCAACUUCUUGCAGCUUUCCGAAUGGACAGAAUUAACAGUGCCUGGUGUUGGGGCACGCCAGAAAGAAGUUUGUCUCCUGGUUCCAGCUCACUGUGAGCCUGGUACGUGAUGGGCACUGGCUGCGGGCACCACCGUUACAUCUGUAUGUAUGUAUGUGUGUGCACAGUGCUCCCACAAGUCAGCAGGACUGUUUAUAAGAGCAGCACGCUCAACAAUGGCACAGUCGCGCCUCAUUGCCAAACGUCUGUUAACCAGAGGAGGCAUGGGGAGCUGGGCAGAGCUGGUCUGAGCCUAACCAAAUGAACUAUGUGGGGCAUCUGAUCUUUUUACAUAGCCAUUGCUUAUGAACAAGAUUUUCUCAGGAUCAUUUGGAGAAGCUUUUCAUGCUUCUGUGCAAGAUCAGACCCAAGGGGCUCAAGCUCUCAUCAUCCCCAUGAGAAAAUCUGGAAAGCUCCACUCUGGAUGUGGCAGGCAGGAAGAAAUGGAAUUGCAAACAUUUUGUCUUGAAAAAUAAAUCCAACUAUACCUCAGUUGAAUCAAAUAAGAAUUGUAGAAUAAUAAAAAUAAUUCAUUAAACUGAGGCACCCAAUGCAAGCAACGGCAAUCAAAAAAAGGUAGUUCCAUUGAGAAAUUAGUUUUGCUACACAGGAUGAGGAAAGAUUUAGUCCCUUCUACUUCCCAGCACACUUGGCUUGAGUGACAACAGGGAAGGGUAGUGCAAUAGAAAAGGAUUUCCCUCCUCUAAUCCUGCUCGAUAUAUUCCCCCUGCCAGAGGAAUCUGCUUGGCCUUGGGUACUGCAAAAUUCUUAAGCAUAUAUUUAUCUUUGGGCACAUCAGCUGUACUUCCAUGCCUAAAGUAAGCAUGUGGUCAAGUAUUUUGUUAGCCUGGUGCCUCACCAUCUUUUGGAAGCAACUUUUAUUACGUUGAUUUUUACAGCUUCAACUUUUAGUCACUAAGAAUGUAUUUAACUGAAGUUUAACAUACAGAUUCAUCAUUCUCUGUAUUAAUUUUGUACUACUGUUUCAGCUGACAUUUAGUUUUAGCUUUUAGUUUCAGCAAAGAAGACGUGCACAUGCUUUGCAGAACAUGGUACAGUUUGUGUGAGGAUCUAGAUGAAAAGAAAGAAUUAAUUGUUGAGAUAGCAGAGAUCUUCUACAUUCAAAACAAAAAUAAAAACAGCAUCACUGUGGGGGGUUUCUUCUUUGCCAUAUUUAUCCUGUGCAACUCUUUAUGUGCAAAAUUUCAGCUUAAUUGUUAGAAUGCUUACAAUAAUAUUUUAAUGCAACUCUCUGUAGUCAGGCUAAUAUAUUAUUACAUAGCCCAGAGCUGCACAGAAAGCUGCAGUGCUGAGGCGUAGCGGGAGCGGUGGUGAAUAACAUAUGAUAAGAGCGCGCUUCUUUGAGCAGUUUGGAUAGUUUUGCCACCAUUUGUUAUUGUCAGCACAUAUAAUUUUUACAGUACGGUAUGAAUUCUGACUGCAGUCAGAAAAACGCCUUCUACCGCCAGUAUGAAUAAGAUUUCACUCAAUUAGAAUAACAUGCAAGGAUAUCAUACGGCACUACAUAGAAAGCUGACAUGCAUUAAGUAUGAAUGCUGGGGCUGGGGGGCGGUUAUUGUACUAAUGCUAUUGUUCAGUGAGCAACUAUUCCCCAGCAGAUUAAAAAAAAAAAAAAAAAAAAAAAGCGAGGGAAAUUAAAUUCAGCAAUCAGAAAUAUGUACGAUGUUUGAUAUCACCAUGCUGAAAUUAAUGUAUUCACUGAUGAAACUUUGCUGUGCCCUAUCGCGUUACGUCUCGCAGCAUCUGUGUGCCCAGAGUGAGAGAAGCAGAGGUAAACACAGAGAGAGACCCACAGACUAAGAGUAAAUGCCGGCUGUUUCACGGCACCAGUCUUUACAUGUAAAUGCUGCUUCCCACUGGUGUUGGUGAGCCAUUUGGUCUGAAGGUGGCCGCACCAGUGCAGUCCAUCGCCAUCAUGUGCUCCCCAGCACCCCAGCGGUGUGAUGCGCUGCGACCCCCUGCUCCUGGACACCCUGCGCAGCUCUGAGCAGCUCCGUGGCACCUGAAGCAGCUGAAGGUAUCCGAUGCGUGGGGACAGAUGGGGACCGUCCCCAUCCGUGACCGUUCCUGCAAGGAAGGGCAAAAGUGCCCGGGAGCCGAGGUGUAUCUCAGAGAGCCAUUGUACUCAGAGGCAAUAAAAAUAAAACUAUUCUCAAUUGAGACCUAAUUAGCUUUUAUAUUCAAAGCUGUACUGCACAUUUGUAUGUUGCUUAUGAGUGGGACUAAAAAAUAUAUGUACCAUGACACUAUACUUUUAAAGAGUCUAUUGAAUGCGUUUCCCAUUCUCCAAGGAUUGCCUUCUCCUUGGAUGUAUACAUUCAGUGAAUAUGACGAGGCUAAUUAUUUUUCCCUGAAACAAUCGCUGCAUUUCUCUGGCAGUUUGCACCAAAUCAUGGACCUCGCAUCUUUGGCCUUGGAACUUAAAAUAAAACCAACCCUGCCUUCCAAUCCUAAAACAAAAAAAAAUGUUUGGUAAACAAAUUGCCUGCCCCGGGCUUUACAAGGAUCGCUCUUGUAUCAGAGCCACCAUGCACGUCUGAUCCCUUUUCUCCAUUUUUUUCGAGGGGGUUAUAUAUUUUUCUGUUACCUUUCCUGCCUGCGAAGCAAUCAGGGAGAACGGCAGGAGGCACCAUCAAUAUGCAAAUUGCCGCCAGAUAACUGGUCUCGCUGGUUCCGCCUUGGGAAGCAGCAGCGCCGCAGGAGGGGUCCCCGGGGCCCGGCCGCCCCCCGUGCCCCCCAUCCCACCGCAUUGCCCUCCCCACUGGUAGCAGCCACGGAGGUGCUCGGCUGCCCGUGGCGUGGACACCGCUCCUUCCGUCCCACUGCUGCACCAGCCCGUGGCUCCCACUCGCACGCGGUCUUUCAUGCUUUGCGCUUCUACUCCGAGGUUGGUUCAGCACCCCCAGCACGGCCCUGGAAGCGCAAUGUGGCUUUGCUCCAAAGGCAUCCAGAGCCACCGCCUUCGUGCCACCACCGCUCGCCGAGGCGCAGGCUGGCAGGACCGUGUCGUCCCUGCUGGGUGGCACCGGGCAAAACCCAGCGGUACCUGGGCGUGGAUCUGUGGCCUGAAACACAUGCUCAGGGCCUGUCCUUCCUAACUCAGCAUUUGAGGGAUUAAAAGCAAGCACUGGUUUCCAAAUUAAAAACAUGUUAAAAUGAAAGUUUAAUUCAUGGUUAAACGCUUGCAAAAAGUACACGAGGCUGUUUUAAAAAUCACAGAGAGAAAACACAAUCUUUUGUGGAUUUGGGGUUUGCUCUGUUCUUAAAUUCAAAACAGUGCUGCUCACUGCACUAACAUUUCACAGGGCAUUCGGCAAGACCAUGCACCGGGCAUCUGGGUAUCUGUGCAAACACCCAGGAGAGCGAGAAGGAAAACAUAAACCGCAGAAGAGUUACUACAGAUAUUAACUUUUAAGCCAGAAAAGCAAGACAGCUGAAAGAGCGAGCAGGGGAAUUGGCUCCAUCACUCCGCACCCGUCUCGGUUUCCUACAGCUGAAGCCCCUGGACAGCAGAUCGCAUCAGGACAAGGUUGGGCUCGCCACGCACCAGAGGAUGACUUGGGCGAGGUGUUGCCACUCCGCCUCUGAGGUCCCUUCUUUCCGCGCGUGUAGGUCUCGCAGGGAAGGAGACUUAGUGUGGACGGACGGGCACAGGCUGCAGACAGAUCCACCUCCGCGUGGGACGGAGUGGGUGGCAAUGGCCUUGGCCAUGGAGAAGGAAUCUGAACUGCAGACUAGUAACGGCAAUGGUGAUUACUAUUAAAGCUCAAAGCUUUUCAUUACUGAAAACUUCAAAUAACUCUCCUGAACUAUAUUUGAGCCAUUUUUUUCAUGUUAACUCCAGGUUUGAUUGCUGGAAAAGGUUGACUGCUAGAAAAGGAAAACCAGUGCACCGCACAGCAGUUGGGAAUCGAAGCCCUUCUUUACCAGAACCCCUGCCACAUACGUACUGUCACUCACCUUCCAGACACUCAGUACAACCAUUCAAUCUAUUGAAUCAAGAGACUGUUUGAUCUUAUCUGCAUCUGUGAGCUGACUGUCAACCUGCUUAGGCUGCAUAUUAAAUCAUCUAUAGUAGCUGUAUCAAGCUGGGAUGAUCUGUUAAUUCUAAAUUUAUUAACCCUUGGAGUGCAGUCAUCGUGUUUAAUCUAGUGUAGCCAGCAUUUAUUUUACAAGACUAAAUCCUUCUUUAAGAUAUGGCUGUGCAGUAGGUUAAAGAAUCAUUAAUGUGUAGGAGAUGGUAAUUGGGAAGAGCUGACUUUGAUCUUUGGAAGCCAGCUGACAGCAUCGCUGCUCCAAACACACACGUGUGUGUGCUGGCGUCACGCUCGCGUGUCCGGCGUGCGGGGUGUGUGCACGUGUACGCACCUGACCGCAUUUCCUCGCAGAAAGAGUUUUGCCUGAGCCCAGGAAGAAGAGAGGCCUCGAACAAUGCCUUAGCCCCGCACCACCACGAAGACUUCAAAUCGAGAUCUACGUCGCGGCACAGCACAGGCAGGGAGACUGCAGGCAGGGUGCUGCAGGGAGCGAAGAGCAAACCUCUCCUCCGAGCCUGCUCCUGGUCUAGACCCAUAGCUGCCCUCCAAACCAAGUGCCACGCAUCCGCAGAGCGCUGCGGGCUGCGGCCACCGCAGGACUCGCAACAAGUCGAGUGCUGCUAUCUGCCUGCGUACAAAUGCACCCCCUCCCAGACACAGACGCACACACAAGUAAUUCUAUAUAGAUAUAUACAUGCAGAUAAAUAUGUUAAUCUGUUCGUUAUACACACCCAGCCUUCCCUGCCUCUCUCCCCUGUUAUCUAUUCUACUUGCACGUUGCCGAUGGUAUCAACAUAUUCACAGCUUUUAUUUCAGUCACAAACUGCUAGGCAUGCUUCCUUUUUUGGUAAUCACGUGCCUGGUAUCUCUCUAAUGUAGCCUAAUAACAAUUUUAGCAUUCA